AUGCCCCAACUGGCUGUUGAUUGGCAGUCUCAUCACUUGCCCAGCCUGACCAACCUCAACAACCAAUUCAACCAAAAGGAGUACGAGUGGUCGGACACGGAGUCCAUUGAGGGCUUGGAGGCCUCCAACGCCACCGCCACGCCCGGCCAGCAGGUGCGGGCCGACUUUGAGGAGAUCAUGGACGACUUCCUUGGCCGCUUCAAGGUCCUUGGCGGCAAGAUGAAGCCCGUCAUGGCCGGCAACUCCCCCCUCGAUAAGCUCAACACCCUCUGCUCCAAGCUCCUUGGCCCCGCCGCACAGCCCAACUGCCACCUCAAACGCCGCGCCGUCAAGGAGCAGAUCCUUGCCAAACUCAAGGCCGACCAACAUGCCCACGACUCCCGGCUUGCAUUGCCCUCCCAGGCUGCCAUCAGGGAACGAUACACCACCCUUGAUCGGCACGAUCACCAGGACAAGUGGGACUGCCAAACCAUCCUGUCUACUUAUUCCAACCUGGAGAACCACCCGCGAGUUAUCAGGAUCAGGGACGCGAUUGGUGCUGCGGAGCGCAAGCCCCGGGACAAAGCUGUUGGGGCGCGCGUGGAGCCAAAGAUCGGGAUUGACAGGGCCAUGGGGUUUCCCGUCAUCAACAGCCACAUGUCUGCUUUGCAGGACCAGGCCGACAAGGCCAGCGAUGGCAACAGCUCUGACUUGGCCCGUGAGACGCUCAAGCGCAACCGCAACAAAGCCCCCAAGACCAAGCGGGCGCGCCCAGUGUAUGCAAUUGUGAAGUCGGGAUGA